UUCAAAAUUUCAAAGCGGCCUCUUCACAUCGGUAGAAACUGUCUGUGUGUGCAUGUGUAUCCUUGAUAUUUCGAAAUUAGUAAAAAAACUGUUUCUUGUAUAAAUUCGAAAGACAGUGCCAAAAUUUCACACCUGCCAAUUGUCAUAACUGGUUUUCUGUGUACACGGUGUAAAAAAAAAGUCAUGGAAACCAAGCGCUCCGAAGCAAGACUUGUCCUUGUCGUAGAAAAGGUUCCUCUUGUAUAGUUCAAUAUUAGUCAAGACUCGACACUUCUUGUUAGUUCAGUUUUAAUUGAAAUUCAGAUUAUUCUAAACAACUGCGCUACCCCCAGUGUAAAUUGAUACGAUAAGUUAACGAAGCCGAACAAACAAAUUUAUGUAACGCUUACAAUCUCUAAUUUUCGUGAAAAAAGUUUAUAUUUAGAGACGCAAGAGUCAAAUCAAAUUACGGACCGUAAGAGCUAAGUGAAUUAUUCAUCAAAUUUACACAAAUGUCAAGAAUGGCGCACUACAGUAGAGGACACCAGCUGACGUUGCUUCUGUUGUGUGGUAGCCUAGCGACCAGCCUCGCUUACUACCAACAGUCAUGUGCUGGGAAAACGCUGCUACGGAGCGGCGGGCUGAGUUGCACGGACCGGCAAGCGAUUCUGGAGGCGCACAACAAGGCAAGGCAGACAGUGGCUCUGGGAAGAGUUCCGGGGCAGCCGGCCGCAUCAAGGAUGCUGGAAAUGGUUUGGGACGAGGAAUUGGCGGCGGUGGCACAGCGCUGGGCGGACAAAUGCACCCUGGCGCACGAUGGCGCAAGAGAUGUUUCCCGAUUUCCUGUCGGCCAGAAUAUUGCUGUCACGUGGACAACACGAACAAAUGCCGGAGCCGCCCCGGACUUCAGACGCCAGAUCAUGGGUUGGUUUAACGAAGUGCGACAAUAUGGCUUCUACUCGCCCUUCAGAAAGGGCACAGGCCACUACUCCCAGUUGGUUUGGGGUGACACGUAUCUUGUGGGCUGUGGUUACUCCCACUACUACGAUCCAUCCCGUGGCUACACCAAACUAUACGUCUGUAACUACGGCCCAGGGGGCAAUGUAAUUGGGGCACAACCGUAUCUUGCUGGAAAUCCUUCAUGUUCAACACAAGAAGUGACACCAUCGCGUCGAUACCAAGGCCUGUGUGAAUUGAAUGGACAUGCAGCCUUAGGAGCAUCAUGCACAUUUAACUCACCAUAUGGAAACUAUGGCUCAACAGCAUUCUCAUCUCAAUCAUAUACAACCCGACCAUAUGCAACACCACCACCCUUCACACGACCUACAUAUGCACCUACACGACAAACAUAUACUACUACUCGGCAUCAAUUCUCAUCUACAGGAUUCAGACAUUAUUAUGGGUAACAUGAAAAAAAAAAAUCCAUGGAAAUGGCUCCCUUAAAGCUGAAAGCUUUUAAACAGAGUAUCCUACAGUUGAUUAAGAUUCAACACUACAUAUUUCUUUGGUGAAGUAUGUCAUGUUAAGUGCACUGUGCAAUGAGGUUAAGAUGAGGUAGCAGAAUGGAUGCAUUUUUCAUUAAAAACAUGUGCUUUACAAUCAGAAGAGAGAAAAUGUUAUUUUUUGGUUGAAUAUUGCAACCUGGACUUUACAAGCCUGAACAUUACAUUAGCUGGGACACCCUGGGUUUUAUCAAAAUGACUAAUGGUGAGGAAAAUCUGAUAUGAUGCAGGAAAGUGAAACAUUAUAGAAGAGGCAGAUCAGUUUUUAAAAUUGUACUAUGAGCAAACCAUGGUAAAUAUUGUAUAUAGUACGAGUUAUGGGCAGAACUCAUAAACCUUACUUUCUUAUUGCUCAAACUUCCCAUCCCACAAUUGUGUUUUGGCAAUGCUAUGUUUCUGUAAGAUAAAGUUUAUAAUUCAACAAUAAAAUGUAAUUUAGUCAUCAGUUAAGAGUCCUGGGCUAAUGCAUAUAUGGUUAUGGAACUGAAUCUUAUUUGAGUCAGAAAUAUUUUAUGGCCUGCAACUGUAAAUAUUUUCAUGUCAUUGUUGUAAGCAGUAGCAGUAUAGCAAUAAUAGUGAUGGUAGUAGUAAUAGUAGUAGUAGUAGUAGUAGUAGUAUAGUAACAGCAGCAGCAGUAUCUUUUUGGAAAGAACCUACUACUGCAUUAGUAAUGUAAUUAUUGGCCUAUAAAUAAAAUUUCUUAUAGUUCGUAGGAAUGCUGCUAAUUAUCUUUGUAUAAUAUUUCACAUUCCUUACUUCAAGGGUCCAUUAGUUAUCAACGUGUAACUCAAAGCUGUACAAAAAUUUCUCACAUUUACCACAUGAUGCAAACAAAGUUUUAUUUUCUUUACAAUUUCUGGUGUACUCCCCCCAAACCCAGAUUUCAUUGAACGCUGGACUGUAAAUAUACAAGAACAACUUCCUUCAAAAUUAAACGAUUCAACAUGACUUUCAUUUCUAUUCACUAAGAUUCUGCAAGUGUCUGGCCAUCAUAUAACACAUAUCAAAUAUGUUUCAUUAUUAGAGAAAUACAGUCAUACCAGCGUGUCCAUACUGUAAGUGGAGUAAAUUUUCUUAAUUCAAACUUCUCAUAUAAAAGAAGUGUAUAAAAUACAGAAUACCUAUGAUUCACUAACUUACAUAGAUUACACAUUCUUAAGAAUGUUAAUUACAGUUAAUUACAUCAAUGAAGGUUUUUUAUUUUAAAACCCAAUAUUAAAUGUAACCAACUAGAAUUUUAACAUUUAACCUCCACAAGUCUCAGUUUGGGGUUUUAUGUAAAAUUACAUUUCAGAGUAAAAGCUUCAAUAGUAUUGCACUUCAUAAAAAUCAUAAUUGUUUUCAUGUAUAAGUGCAGUCAGUAACAAUCAGAACACACUUGCAAAUGUCAGCCUUAAACUGAAUAUAAAGAAGAAACUGAAAACAGUUUGCACGUACCUAACUACAACCUAAGCUAAUUUUUGUUUUCAAGGUGUAAUAAGAUCAGACAUGCUCUGAGAUAAAGAACUCAACACACAUAAAUCAUAAAAGAGUGAAUU